GAGAGGUGAAGAGUGCGGCAGCGUGGCUGCGUUGGACUACAACUCCCAGAAUCCCCUGAGCGGCAUGGCCACCGGGGAUGCUGGGAGUCGGAAUCCCCACAGGGCCUUUCCGGAGCGCCGCUCCUGCUUCCGCCGCGGGGCAGGCCGAGCGGAGUGGGGCUGAACUACGAGGCCCAGUAUCCCCCGCGGCGGGGAAGGCGGGCUCCCGGAAGCGCCCCGGUCACCUGACCGCCCCCCCACAUACACACACACCGCGAGAGGGAGGGCCCGCCUGCCCGCCUGUCAAGAUGGCUGCCUACCUGCAGUGGCGGCGCUUCGCCUUCUUCGACUCGGAGACGCUGCUGGAGCCGGAAGGCCAGGCCGUCCUCCUGCCGCCGGGCAUCGCCGUCUGCGACUCCGGAAGGGGCAGCCUCGUCUUCGGACAUAUGGAAGGCCAGAUCUGGUUCCUGCCCCGCUCCCUGGAGCUCAGCAGCUUCCAGGCUUAUAAGCUGAGAGUGACACACCUUUACCAGCUGAAACAGCACAAUAUUUUGGCUUCUGUGGGUGAGGAUGAGGAAGGAAUUAACCCUUUGGUCAAAGUUUGGAAUCUAGAAAAGCGUGAUGGUGGGAAUCCUCUGUGUACAAGGAUUUUCCCUGCAAUCCCUGGCAACAAGCCCACCGUCGUGUCUUGCCUCACCGUCCACGAAAAUCUCAAUUUCAUGGCUAUUGGCUUUGCGGAUGGGAGCAUCGUACUGACAAAAGGAGAUAUCACGAGGGAUCGGCACAGCAAAACCCAGAUUCUCCACGAAGGGAGUUACCCGGUGACAGGCCUUGCCUUCCGCCAGUCUGGCAAAACCACCCACCUGUUUGUUGCCACGACUGAGAACAUCCAGUGUUACACACUGUCCGUGAAGGAUUAUCCCCAUCUGGAGCUGGACAGUCGGGGCUGUGGACUGCGCUGCUCCACGCUCAGCGACCCCUCCCAGGACCUCCAGUUCAUUGUGGCAGGAGAUGAGUGCGUGUACCUCUACCAGCCGGAUGAGCGCGGGCCCUGCUUCGCCUUCGAGGGCCAGAAGCUGAUCGCCCACUGGUAUCGGGGCUAUCUCAUCAUCGUGUCGAAGGACAGGAAGACCUCUCCAAAAUCUGAAUUUGCUGGGGGUGAUCCACAAAAUUCUGACAAGCAAAUCCUGAACAUUUAUGACCUGGGCAACAAGUUCAUUGCCUACAGCUCUGUCUUUGACGAUGUGGUGGAUGUCCUGGCGGAGUGGGGAUGCCUGUACGUGCUGACAAGAGAUCGAAAGCUGCAUGCGCUGCAGGAGAAGGACACACAGACCAAACUGGAGAUGCUGUUUAAGAAGAACCUCUUUGAGAUGGCCAUCAAUUUGGCCAGGAGCCACCACUUGGACAACGACGGCUUGUCCGAGAUCUUCCGCCAGUACGGAGACCAUCUGUACAACAAGGGCAAUCACGACGGGGCCAUUCAGCAGUACAUCCGUACCAUUGGGAAGCUGGAGCCGUCUUAUGUCAUCCGCAAGUUCCUGGAUGCUCAGCGGAUACACAACCUGACGGCCUAUUUGCAGAUGCUGCACCUGCAGUCCCUGGCCAACGCGGACCACACGACUCUGCUGCUUAACUGCUACACCAAGCUGAAGGACAUCUCCAAACUGGAAGAGUUCAUCAAGACCAGCGAGAGCGAGGUCCACUUUGAUGUGGAGACAGCCAUCAAGGUGCUGCGCCAGGCAGGCUGUUACUCCCAUGCCGUCUAUCUGGCCGAGAAGCAUGCGCAUCACGAGUGGUACCUCAAGAUCCAGCUGGAGGAUAUCAAGAGCUACCAGGAGGCCCUGCGCUACAUUGGGAAGCUGCCCUUUGAGCAGGCCGAGAGCAACAUGAAGCGCUACGGGAAGAUCCUGAUGCAUCACGUGCCCAAGGAGACCACAGAGCUGCUGAAAGUCCUGUGCACGGACUAUCGGCCGGCGGGGGACCGCGAGGGCCCUUCUGGGCUGGAAGGGAGGAAGGCCAAUCCGGAGGAGUUCAUCCCCAUCUUUGCCAACAACUCCCGGGAGCUGAAGGCCUUCCUGGAACACAUGUCGGAGGUGCAGCCAAACUCUCCCCAGGGCGUGUACGACACUCUGCUGGAGCUCCGCCUCCAGAACUGGGCCCACGAGAAGGACCCGCAGGUCAAGGAGAAGCAGCACAACGAAGCCCUCUCCUUGCUGAAGAGCGGGAGGUUCCAGAGCGUCUUCGAUAAGGCUUUGGUCCUGUGCCAGAUGCACAACUUCAAGGACGGCAUCCUGUAUCUCUACGAACAGGGCAAACUUUUCCAGCAGAUCAUGCACUACCACAUGCAGAACGAGCAGUACCGGAAGGUGGUGGAGGUCUGCGAGCUGUACGGCGACCAGGAGGCCUGCCUCUGGGAACAGGCCCUGGGCUACUUUGCCCACAAGGAGGAAGACUGCAAGGAGUACAUCACUGCGGUGCUCAAGCACAUCGAGACCAAGAACCUCAUGCCUCCGCUGCUGGUGGUGCAAACGCUGGCUCACAACUCCACGGCCACACUGUCGGUCAUCAAGGACUACCUGGUCAGCAAGCUGCAGAGGCAGAGCCACCAGAUUGAGCAAGACGAGCAGAGGAUUCAGAAGUACCGGGAGGAGACCAAGCGGAUUCGCAAGGAAAUCGAGGAGCUCAAGGCCAGUCCCAAGAUCUUCCAGAAGACCAAGUGCAGCAUCUGCACCAGCGCCUUGGAGCUGCCCUCCGUCCACUUCCUCUGCGGCCACUCUUUCCACCAGCACUGCUUUGAGAGCUACUCCGAGAGCGGGUCGGAGUGCCCCACGUGCCUGCCAGAGAACCGCAAAGUCAUGGACAUGAUCCGUGCCCAAGAACAGAAGCGGGACUUGCAUGACCAGUUCCAGCAUCAGCUCAAGUGCUCCAACGACAGCUUCUCUGUGGUGGCGGAUUAUUUUGGCCGGGGUGUUUUCAACAAGCUCACCCUCAUCACCGACCUUCCCCCUGGCAAAUCCGCGGCCGCCCUUGAUGCUGGUCUGCAGCGUGACCUGCUCAUGCACUCCAAGCGGAGCACUUAGAUGUAGGCGGAGGCUUUGCCCAGAGCUCCCUCCGCUCGCCUGACCGGAGCAGAUUCAGGGGCUGGGAACUCGCAGGAGUUGGAACCUGGCCAGAGUGGGCCUCUUCAGAAGUCCAGAGCGGCCGAGUUUGUCUGAAGAACCGGUGCCCCUGCCCCUCCCCUUGCUUCUUUCCAGCUCUGCUCCCUCGCAGUGCCCGGCCAGGGGCUGUGGGGCUUCUCUGCAGCCACAAGUCAGCAUCGGGCAAAGGUGUCGGUUUUGGGUGAACGUUGUCCUUUGGAGAAGAGGGCCACCCGAGGGAGUCGCGCCCCUUCUGGGACCACAGACGGACUGGUUUCACCUCUUUUCCCAGGCUUUUCUCUGAGCGCUUGCAGCAGCUCCCGGUGGCGUCUGGCGCCUGAGCCCGGGGGGGGGGGCUGCUGCGUGUCGCUGCCUUGUGCAAGGGGCCUCCUGCAGACCUCCCUUCGGGUCCCAGGUCACUCUCUGGCCUGGCCUGCCCUGCAUGGAAAAGGACAACUGCCCUGUUGUAGCUCAAAUAAAAUGCAUUGCCCGGA